AUGGCUGGCCCGUUCAAUCCUUUUGGCGGUGCCGUGAGCAACGGCCAGAGGGGAGGACGAGGCGCGCAGGGCUCCGCUGGUAGAGGAAGAGGAGGAAGUUCUGGGCUUGCCGCGGCUCAAUUUCAAGGGAAUAAUGCGCGGGGUGAUGGAAAGGAUCGCGGGCGUGGACGAGGUAGAGGUCAGAGCCAGUAUCGGGGUCGGGGUCGUGGUCGCGGCGCUGGCGCUGCGAGCCACACUGUAAAUGGCACACAACAAGCGACAGCAGGUGACCCCGGUGCUACCACUUCUCCAUUUGCGCGAUCGAAUCAGCAAAACUCUUCCGUCGCAUCUCCGUUUGGCUUGCAGCCCGUCCAGCAAUCUCCGUUCUCCGCUCUUCAAAAGGCGUCCCCGGCUUCGAAUCUCUCCAACAACCCAUUCGCCAAACCUGCGCAGAAUAUGAACCAUCAAGGUUCAGUGGCUUUCAGUCGCAUUGGAUCUGGUGGGCCGGUAGAAAACGCGUCGUCAGGCAACUAUCAGGACCGUUAUGACAAGUUGAAACUCGACCGUGCCAAAGAGCGCCAGCGAGCAAUCAAAGAUGGACAGAUGGCAGACCCCAACCAGCCGACGUCGUUGAAACAGGCAAUCACACCCGUGGGAACCUGCACCAGCAUGUGCCCCGAAUUCGAGCGUGUUGAGCGAAUCGUGCAAAAGAUGAUGGACAAGUGCGAAAAGUACCUUGACCCGGCGACCAACCAGCUGGAAAUCAUGGAAUCCAAGAUGUUGAAGCGGUUUCGACGCUCAGCUGCUGGUUAUGAUGAGCAAUUGCCCUCGGAUAUUCGGACACCAAAGACCCUGUUGCAGAGUAUGAACUACCUCAUUCGUUAUGUUGUUGGUGGCAGUGAGCCAUUGGCCAUCAUCCACAAGUUCGUCUGGGAUCGGACACGUUCAAUUCGCAAUGAUUUCUCCGUUCAGCAACUCACGCAAGAGGAGGAUGUCAAGAUGGCAGUAAUGUGCCUAGAGAGAAUUGCGCGCUUCCAUAUCGUGUCUCUCCAUCUUCUUUCGAAUCCCACAAACGAAGAGCAAUUCGACCGUCAUCAGGAACGAGAACAGCUCAACAACACUAUGCUCUCGCUCAUGUACUACUACGACGACAACCGUGGACGCAUUGUUUUUCCAAGAGAGGAUGAGUUCCGUGCCUAUUACAUCUUGUUUUCGAUUCACGACCAGCGACCCGAUCUGGAAGCUCGUGUCCAGAAGUGGCCAGCCGAUCUACUCGCCUCUCCUCGAGUUCAAGUGGCCCUCGAUCUCUUUGCUGCUGCUGGCAACACCUGGGAAUACCAAGGUGCUCUCGACGCUCGUCGGCCAAAUGCCAUUGCCCAGGGUUUCUACACCCGUUUCUUCAACAUUAUCAAUUCCCCAAGCGUGCCCUAUCUAAUGGCCUGUGUGGCAGAGGUUUACUUCAACCACAUUCGUCAGACAGCAAUUCGUGCAAUUUGGAAGGCCUACUGCCGGUCUCCUGUUUCACAGCAGGCGAAGAACGAGGAAUGGACUGUAGAGGAGUUGACAAGGGUGCUACACUUUGAUGAUUACGAACAAACUAUCCGGUUCUGCGAAGAACAGGAUUUGCAGCUUGCUCAGCACGCUGAUGGUGCACUUUAUCUUAACUGGGGAUCUCGACCAGUUGACUCCAUCGGUUUCUCGCCAUCAUCCGAUCAUUCGUACUCUGAGACUUACGUCGAGUCAAAGCGUGCAGGCCGCUCUCUGGUUGCCGUCAUUCUUGGAAUGACCAUCCCAGAAGCGGCGAGAAUGGGCAUGCUCGAUCGAUCCCUCCUGGCUAAGCAGAAGGACAGAGCAUCUGACCUCUCAGAUGACAGCAAAAGUCUUUUCGUGAGUGAUGAUGAGAACCAGACACCAGCCCCAGUGAUCGAGCCCAACGGGUUCGUUGACAACACGUCGGCUUCUGAUCUACGCACUGCCUCUGAAGGCGCCCAGUUCCCUCCUGUCGCCCCGUCUCCCUUCCAAUCCCCCUUCCCACCUCCUGCUACUCAGUCGUCGAACCCUUUUGCGCAGGCUUCUACGUCUGCUGCGCCAUCUCCGUUCUCCUUCUCGCAGUCGGCGGAACCAGCUCAGAAUGUGGAGGCUCCUGCUGUGACUACUUCUGUGUCUCCUUUCUCGUUCUCGAAGCCUGUGGAGACUCCUGUUGCGAAUACUGUGUCACCCUCUCCCCUGGGUGGUUCCUCGAACCCAUUCUCUUUCGCCAAACCAGCCGAGACUGGCCAGAAGACGGAAGCACCUGCUGCCCUAUCUCCUUUUGCUACCUCAUCGUCCCCGUUCUCCUUUGCGAAGCCAGCUGAGAAGACAGAUGUACCUGCUGCAACCCCUGCUGCCCCAUCUCCUUUUGCCCCGUCAUCAUCUAUUUUCUCGUUCCCCAAGCCGGCGAAGGUAGAUCAAAAGGCCGAUGCCGGUACCGCAGCUACUCCUACAACAUCUUCGCCCUUCAAGGCUAGCAGCUCUUCAGAGACUACUGCGCCGAAGAAUCCAUUCGCAUCUUUGAGUUCCGGCGCAUCUCUACCAUCCUCCCAACCAAACCCAUUCGCAGCCUCUCUAUCCGCGGUCAAGCCUCCAGAUACAACCCAGACAACGGAGACACCCGCGGUGACAGCUGCUGCGCCGUCUUCGAUAUUCAAACCCAGCACUUUCCCACCGGCGUCGUCGACUCCGGACUUCUCCUUCCUGAAGCCUUCUUCCUCUCUACCUCCCUCCACCGCAGCUCCUACCGCCGCAGCUCCGUUCACAUUUACAAAGGCACUGGAAGCAAGUCAAGCGGAGACACCUGUGGCAACAUCGACUUCGGUACCAGCUUCGAUAUUCGCGACCAGCAAUACACCUGAGCAGUCAUCAACCGCAUUCAAUAACCCUUUCGCAUCUCUGACUCCAAAGACAUCAAUUUCAUCUUCGGGUCCAGGGACAGUUGCUCCCUCAGCUGCUCCCUCUGCCUUUUCACAGCCCUCGGAACCCAGCGAGAAGGCGAAGGAGCCAGUUACGGCGUCAACCACUGCGAAGCCCCAAUUUAGCUUUUCAGCCGGUAGCACGAAUGCCGUUCCUGGAGUAUCGAAUGAGGUGGAUUCUUCAUUCGCAACUCCAGCACCCCAGCCAAAUGGGAAAGUCGAUUCUUCUGCAACUGUAUCAUCUACGCCACCUACAUCUCCUCCGCCUGUCCCUGGAAGUCUCCCCUCAACUUCACCCAAGACGAGAGAUACCCAGCCUGCGAAAAUGCGUUCCCUCGCAUGGGAACAAUGCCCCACACCUGAGCAAGUCUUGUCUUCUCUGUUCAACUACACAGGCACUCUCGCUUCUUCCCCACACGCCAAAAGUUCAUCUCCUAGCCAGUCACUUUCCUCACAAUCUGGGCAGGCAUCCAAGCUCUUCGAUGCCAAGUCCUCUAUGUACAACCCUUUGACUAAUCCAACCGAGUCAUCGAAGCCUUUGUUCCAAGGCUCAAUUGCAUCAGGGUCUUCGGUGCAGCAAGCUUCGUUAAAACGGCCGCAUGAUGAUGACACGACCAAGCAGCGCAGGCGCUCUUCUCUGAAACGCCAGUCCACCAGUGCAUCUUCAGGUAACCCUCUAAAACGCUCCGUGCAUUUCGAGGCACCUCCCACCCAACAGCCACAGGAAAUGCAAAUGAGUCUCUCGGAGCUCUCUCAAUUGGAUGCCCGAGAGCCAAAGGCAAACGUAUCUCAAAAGCGUUCGCGGAGUAAGACGACAAGCGCACACAAGAAAAGAUCACUGGAUGAAUCUACCGAAACCAAGUCGAACAAUGGCCCGAGUCCCAAACUGGCCAAGGUUUCGGAUCUUCCCACGUCAGAAGAGCCACUUUACCCCAGAUUCUCCCUGUCUAAGGUCCUGAGCGAGCCAAUGCCGAAGCUUCCGAUCCUGGAACGCCUUGAAAGAAAACUCGCAGAAACAAAGGCUCUAGUUGAGCCCAAACCCCUCACCGAUCAAGAGAAGAAAUGGCUCGAGGAACAAAAGCGAAUUCGGGAGCGCCAAGUCCAAGAAGACGAAAUCCUGCUAUCCCGUGCGCGGAUCUUAGCCCACGAGCUGAAGAACGGACCCGGAAUCUUCGAUAUUCCAAAGGACAUCCCGUACUCCCCACCAGUGGAUCCCCCAAUCAACCACCGUCGUGCUGCAUUACUUGAAAAGUCUAGCCCUCAUGGAUACACACUCAAUUAUGGACCAGAUACGCCUGGCCUUGCAUCAUUUGCCCCUAGUCGCUCCGCGCACUCCACGCACCCCCGCGUUGAAGCCAGAUUCCGACGCACCGCUUCUCAAGGAUCGAGUUCUAUCUCUCUGGGGAUUGAGCGCUACAGACGUGAGAGAGACCAGAGGGCUGAAGCUGAGAGAAAGAGAAAAGAAGAGGAGAAGCAGAAAGCAAAGAAGGGGGAAAAGCUGAAGAAAGAGAAGGAGAACCAACGUUUGGUUUCAGUUGAGGAUGAUGACGAUGUGGUGUGUUUGGACUGA